AUGUCAAAUGACCACAGACGAAAAGGCUAUUACGACGAAUUAUUCAAAAAUACUUUUGCUGAUCAGAAUGAGUCAGCUGGGAGCGAUUCUGAUGAUAAUAAUGAAGGUGCUGUGGGGAAUGUUAGUAAAUCUUCAGUGGUCCGUCCCGGAUACUCCGGAAAAUUACGGAAAGGACAAUUAAUAUUUGACGCUUGUUUUGAAAGUGGAAAUCUGGGAAGAGUUGCGUAUGUUAGCGACUAUGAAUAUGAUCUUUUUAUUCGUCCUGACACAUGUAAUACACGAUUCAGAGUGUGGUUCAAUUUUACUGUUGAAAACACCAAAUAUCAGCAGAGGGUGAUUUUCAAUGUUGUUAAUUUUAGCAAGACGAAGUCGCUUUAUCGGGAAGGUAUGUCUCCUUUAGUCAAGUCAUCCAGCCGUCCAUCCUGGUCACGUAUCCCACAGAAGUGUGUAUUCUACUAUCGGUGCCCUGAACACAAGAAAAAAUAUGUAAUGUCAUUUGCAUUUUCCUUCGAUUGUGAAGAAGAUGUAUAUCAGUUCGCGUAUUGCUAUCCAUACACUUAUAGCAGAUUGCAAACAUAUUUAGGCAUAAUAGAAAAUAAAAACUAUGCACAUUUCAGAAGAGAACUUUUGGGAUUAACAAUACAACAAAGACGUCUAGAUCUUAUAACAAUUACUCAUCCCAGUAAUUUCAACGCAACAAACAACAGCAAGAAGCGUAUAAUAUUUGUAACCGCUCGUGUACAUCCCGGGGAAACGCCGUCAUCUUAUGUUUGUCAGGGAUUUAUAGAUUUUAUGGUUAGUAAUCAUCCAGUUGCUAAACAGCUACGUGAACAUUUGGUAUUUAAAAUUGUUCCUAUGUUAAACCCAGAUGGUGUUUAUUUGGGCAACUAUAGAUCUUCUCUAAUGGGUUUCGAUCUAAAUCGUCAAUGGCAGUCUCCAUCUUUAUGGGCGCAUCCUACUAUUUAUGCAACGAAACAACUGUUAAUGAACUUGGAUAACGAUGCAUCUGCAGAUGUCAAUUUCUUCAUAGAUAUACAUGCACAUUCUACACUUAUGAAUGGGUUUAUGUAUGGAAAUAUAUACGAAGAUGAGAAGCGAGCUGAAAGGCAGGCUACAUUUCCCAGUUUGUUAAGUCAAUUCGCUGAAGAUUUUAGCCUACCACAGACCAAUUUUAAUAAAGAUAGUUUGAAAGCUGGAACAGGUCGACGCACAUUGGGUGGUAUUUUGGAUGAUAGCACCCUUUGUUACACGUUGGAAGUAUCAUUUUACAGUUAUACGAAUAUGUUAACUGGUGAAAUGAUCCCAUAUACUGAAGAAAAAUAUGCUCGACUGGGCAGAAAUCUAGCCAGAACAUUCUAUGAAUAUUACCUCAAUGAAGGUCUUCUACGAAAGGGACAACAUAAGACUGAACAAGUUUGCUCAUCCAAAAGUCUUGCGACUGCAAUAAGUACUAAUUAUGAUUCUCCUAGCCCCAGGGAACAUGUUGCACAUUCAGAAGACAGUUACUGCCAACAAUACCAAAACAACAAUCAAAACGGCAAUACAACCAGCAAAGAACAUACUACUCAACGUACAUCACAUAAAAGUAGUUUAAAAGAUAGACUAAAAUAUGAUUAUGACCAGUUGAAACGUUUAAAUCAAACAUUAAAUUCACUCAGUUGCCAGGGAGAUGGGAUGAAAAUAGUUAAGGAAGUUGGGUUAAGUAAUGCACUGUACAUAUUUCUAGAUUCUAAAACGUUAGAAUGCAAAAUGAUCUAUCAAGCAAUACAGCAACCAUCUACUCUAUGUAUCCCAGGUUGUUCGACUUUUAUAAUCAGAUGUGCUGAGCAUGGUUGUGAAAUGCUGAGUCAGUAA